AGUGACCCUUCGCUCCAGAGCAGCGGCAGCACAGCGAGCUUCGUGGUCCUACGAGGGUAGUUUUAACGCAUUGAUCGGCGCGCAGCGCCUGCUCUUCGGGGGCUGCUCAUCGGGCCGCAGAUAGCGCGACUGUGUCGCCUCCAAGAUGGGUCAGUCAUUUUCACGACGAACACCUUCAAUAAAAGAAGCGCGCCAGUCGCACGACGUCAAGCAGACUCAUCGCGCCUUGCUCUCGGACGACGUGGUGUUUCUCCUGUUGUCUCAGCUCGCCCCGUGGGACGGCAGCGGUGCGGCCGCGGCCUGUAAAGUGUGGCGGUCUCACUGGAAGCGGCGAUGCGCGGGCUUGCUGCGUCUGGCCAGGCAUCGCGUCGGAGCUUAUGAGUGGUGCAACCACGUUGUCGCCAAGCCCGGCGGAGGCGUGAUUGUCUCAAACUAUCACGAAUCACGACUCGAGAUCUUCUCGCCGGAGGGCGAAUCCCAGGGCGCGUUCGUCGCGGGUGUGUCUCCUUUCGACACGCCAGGCGCGGUGGCGCUCCUCGGCGACGAGCGCAAUACGGCCUGGAUCAUCUGUGAAGACAAUCAAAACUUAGUCUGCGUUCAAUUGGGCGACGCCAUGGGGGAGGACAAGUUUCUAGAGCCGUCCGACCAGAUCGUCAGUCCAACUAUGGACUAUAUUUGCCCCAAGGACCUCGCCCUUAGUCCCGGUGGUGAAUUCCUGCUCGUGCUAGUUGACGAUUACGGCGAACUCGGGGAAGUUUUCGUGCUCAACUCUCGAGAUGGAACUAUUGUGGGCAGCUUCGGCUUUGAGGAAGAUGAUACGUUCGGUAACUUGCACUCGCCUCGCGGCCUGGCGGUCCAGGGCGAUUACUGCUUCGUCGCCGAUACGUACAAUCAGCGAGUUUGUGUCUUCAACUGGCGCAGCCAGACCUGGGUACGCUGCUUUGGACGGCGAGGCGCGUUCCUGCACCGUCACUUGGGUGACCCGGAAGCGGAACAUCCUUACUGGUGGGAUUCAGUAAUUAGCGAUGGCAGUCGCGGCUACGAAGAUGAACGCAAAGGAACUGGGCCGGGCGAGUUCAUUGAGCCCGUUGGCGUCGCGGUCCAUGGCAACAUGCUAUAUGUUUCUGAAUUAGUCGGUCGCAGGAUCCAGGUCAUGCGGUUGCCCGCCGACAUCCUCGAUUUGUCCUCAGAGCCGCAGGUAUUGCAGAUUAUCCCGGCACCCGGUGGUCAACGGUUAGGUGGCCUUUGCGUCGACGGCGAGCGGUUGUGGUGCGUGGGCCCACAUUGUAUUGGGCCCCCCGGGGACCGCGAAGACACCUACGUGAGCCUUUUUUCGCCGUAUGUGUAAGACCCCACCGGCCCGCGACGAAGACGCGGUCCACCCCCUGUCGUCGUGAACCCCCCCUUGUAACAUCUCCUACGAAACGC